GGGGAAAGUUAAGGGACGCUUACCAUCGCACCGACUUCUUUUUCUGCACACUCUACUCGGACAGUAGUUUUUUCUCCUACAAUCUGAACACAAACACGUUUUCACGACGGUUAAAUGUGCAAAGAAAAGGGAAAGGGGAGAGUUGAUCGGUCGGCGGGGUGGGUUGAGUUCCCCUUAAAUCGUCCCUUAACAACAACGAAUUGGAAGCUGACUUCAGCGUCCUGCGAGAGAUUACGCAGUUGACGAACGGUGUGGUGUAGAGUACUAAGCCUGCGCAGAUUUUGCGCAAAAUUCGUUGUUGACCGAAUAAAAAAAUGAUUAAAACCCCCCAAAAUGCGUUUAAUAUAUAAAACAGAUAUAUGUAAUAGUGCAUCAUUUGAAUUCGUCCAUUUAAAACGUUGACGAGAGGUUUUAUUUAUUUGAUAUUUGAUUAGGGGGAAGUCGUCGACGGUGACGCUGCGAGGUGGAAGGCGUUGCUCGGCGCUCUCGCUGGGAAGUGACUAGAGGAACGGAAAAUGGCGGACCUCGAAGACGUUACGCUGGACGGCAGAACGCUCCAGUCCCUUCGAGUUGCGGACUUGAAAGCCGCGCUCGAGGAGAGGGGACUCUCGAAAAGCGGCCAGAAGAAUGCGCUCAUCAAACGACUCAAGGGGGCUCUCAUGCUGGAGAAUCUGCAGAGGACCUCCACCGCUCACAUUGGCCUGCAGCCAAACUCUCAGAUUGGUGAGGAAAUGAGCCAGAACAGCUUCAUCAAGCAGUAUCUGGCUAAACAACAGGAGCUCCUGAGGCAGCGUCUGGAGAGGGAGGCCCGCGAGGCCUAUGACACUAAUGAGGAAGAGGCCCAUGCCGAAGUGAACAAUAGUUCAUCAUGUCCUCCUCAAGCUCAGGAUGUCACACCAGCAGUGGCUGAGCAGCACAAGCCACCUGGCCCUUCUGGAGAGGGAUUGUUUGCUGCAGGGAAUGAGGGAGAGGGCAACGGGGAGAAGGAGGCUGACAUGUCAUGUCCGCCUGCGUCUGGCUCUGUGGCCAUGCGUGGUUCUGCUGGUGAAAACCGGCCAGAGAGGGGUUCCGCAUCCAGCGAGGUCGCAGCUGACAGUGACGAUGAGGAUAGCGACGAUGGAGAGGAGGAUGGUGACGAUGACGAUUGGGACAGCAGUGCUCGGAGGAGAAGCCUCAGAGAGCCCGCCAGAGCGCCCUCAACCAGAGAGAGGUCUGGAGCGUCAUGUCAACCCCAGCAGCAACACAUCCCUUCCCUUUUGUCUCCUCAGCUCCGCCAGCCCACACCUCCCCCCUCACCGCCUCCAGAGUUGUCAUUCCCCUUGCCUGACACCCCUAAACAGAGCCCUCCUAGUCCAGAUGUAGGCCCAGCUAGGCGCUCUUCCAGUACCUCCAGCUCGGGUUCCUCCAGCAGCGGCAGCCGUAGUAGCAGCCCAGAGCCACAGAGGAGUGGACAUGCCGAGCGCAAGCCCGGCCCAUUGACCCUUCUGGCACGUAAAAUGGCAAAAGAAGGAGCUUUCUCUGGAGCAGGUUGGCACGGCAGCGUUGGAGAAGGCGAUAGGCAGGGUUGCAGUACACUAGCAGCAUCGUUUCCUGGCAGAGCACCUCCAGAGGGUCUUGUAUCUGCCAUCACCCACACAGCCAACACUGCAGGCCAUGUGCCAUUUCCCAUGAUACCAGGCACCAACCAGGGUGUCACAGGAGCACAUUCAGCCCAUAUUCAAGUACCCGUGAGUGUUCUCAAGGCCACUGCAACCGAAGAGAGGGACAGAGAGAGGGAAUCUGAGAUGGCAAGAGAACAGGCCGUUGAGCUGGAAAGACAAGAGGGGCAGAGAAAACUCGAGCAAGAGAAAGCAAUGGAGUUAGAGCGGGAAAGGGCUCUUGCAUUAGAGCGAGAGGAAAAGCAGCGAGCUUUGGAGAGAGAGAGAAUUGAGCGACAGCAGGCCUUGGAAAGAGAAGAGCGAGAAAAAGCCUUACAGAGGGAGAGGGAACUAGCUCUUGAGCGAGAAAGGCAGGAGAGGGAACUUGCUCUUGCUCUUGAGCGGGAGAGGCAGGAGAGGGAACUUGCUCUUGCCCUUGAGCGAGAGAGGCAGGAGAGGGAACUAGCUUUGGCUAAAGAGAGGGAGGAGCGAGAGCAAGCCUUAGCACGAGAGAGGGCCCUGGAGCUGGAGAGACAGAAGGAGCUCGAAAGACAGAGGGCUCUGGAGCAAGAACGUUUACAGAGAGAAAGGGAGGAGAGGGAGAAAUUCGAGAGGGAAGAAAUGGAGAAAGCGAUGGAGCUAGAAAGAGUCAAGGCAUUGGAGAGAGAACGGGCUCUUGAGCAAGAGAGGUUGGAGAAGGAAAGAGCUUUAGAGGCCGAGAGAAAGGAGAGGGAGAGGAUUGAAAGAGAGAAGGCUUUGGAGCAGGAAAGGCUGGAAAGGGAAACGUUAGAGAGGGAGAAAGCCUUGGAGCAAAAGAGAAUACAGAGAGAGAAAGCACUGGAGCAAGAGAGACUAGAAAGGCAGAGAGCCCUGGAGCAAGAAAGAAUGGAGAGAGAGAAAACUUUGGAGCGGGAGAGAAUUGAGAGAGAGGAAGCUUCAGAGCGAGAGAGAAUAGAAAGAGAAAAGGCUCUCCAGCAAGAAAGAUUCGAAAGGGAAAGAGCCCUAGAGCAAGAGAGGUUGGAGCUUGAGAGGAAAGAAAAAGAGAGAAUAGAGAGAGAGAAAGAACUGGAGCGAGAGAGGAUAGAGAGGGAAAAGGCCUUGGAACGAGAAAGGGAGGCAAAAGAGAAAAAGGCGAGGGAGGCAGCUCUGGAACGGGAGAUGGUGGAGAAGGAAAGAGCUGAAAGGGAGAGGAAAGAAAAGCUAGAGAGGGAGAAAGCCCUAGAGCAAGAGAAACUUGAAAUGGAGAUAGCCUUAGAGAAGGAGCGGAAGGAGAAUGAGAGAGCCCUGGAGGAAGAGAGGGCUCUGGAACGUCAAAGAUUAGAGAAAGAAAAAGCCAUGCAGAAAGAAAGGCAGGAGCAGGAGAGGGCGCUGGAGCAGGAGAAAGAGCGAGCUAGGCUGGCUGAGAAGGAGAGGGAGAGUCACCUCCCUCCAUCCAAACGUGGCCGUGAGAUUGGUCUCACCCCCCUGCCCACUCCUCCCCCCCUCUCCACAGGGCCAGCUCGAAAACCCUCGACUGAGGCAGGAGCGCAGGAAGACGUCCACGCCCCAGUGCCGCGGAGUGAACCCCAAUCAGCAGUGUCCGGUGCGCCCAUGUCACCGACACCCCUGUCGCCACAGUCUUCAUUUAAGAAGUUCCGGUUCCUGAGGGACUCUCCGAUUCAGCCCAAACCCUCCUCUGCUUCCAUGGUUAUCAAGCGGCCCCGUACUUUCUCCGAUACCCCUCAGCCACGGGCUUCGCCCGUCUUCUCCCCAGCCAGCGUUGCGGGAACACAGCAGGAAGAACACCGGCCCUCUGCUGAACAGGAAGACCAACGCAUGCAGACACACUCUGAGGUUGUUGCCGCACCGCCUGGAUCCACAAAAGAAGAGGCCACAAACCUCAUAUCUGAGGACAAAGAACCGGCAGAUUCACCAAAGUCAGAACACACUGCCAAGGAUUCCACCAAAAAAACAAACGUGGAGGAGAAAAAGUGUCCUUCGAGCCCACCGGAUGCAGCUCAGCGGAAGGGGAGAGAUGCUAAGAAGGAACCAACUAGACGCAGGUCAUCUUCGAAUGAUUCCUCUUCCUCAGACUCAGACUCUGGGUCCUCAUCAUCUCGGUCCUCAAGGUCAUCUGCAUCUUCCCAAGAGGAAACCUCCUCAUCCAGAGGUAGACGGGAGGGGAAACCUGAAAGAGAUUCCUCACCACAGCAUAGGGCGACAGUAGAGAUCAGGGCUGAGGGUCCACAACAAAUCCCAAAAGUCUCCCCUCGCAAAAGAGCGACGUCUGGAGAGAAGAGCAACACAGCUGCUGAUGGAGACAGUCGCACCCAGGAACCUUUCAUCGAAGAUCCACCUGGAGAUGGGACACAAAGGAAAAGAAAGGACAGUGAGAGAGAAGAGGAAAAGGACAAACAAAGGAAGGUGAAGGAGACUGCCAUGGCAGAGUCCGAGAAGCCUUCGGAGAACAGCGAGGAGACACCAAAGGCCUUCUCAGCUCGUAAGAUCUCUCUUAGCAGCAACAAAUUGUCCCCGGGCAGUACCGAGGCUGAGCAGGAGUCUGGUUCCGCGGCCGGUCGCAAGCGGAGAUGGGGUUCCAGCACAGCUGUUACUGCCAAGAAACCUUCCAUCAGCAUCACCACUGACUCAUUGAAGUCUCUGAUCCCAGACAUUAGACCGUGCCUCGGACAAGAGGCAAUAGUGGAUCUGCACCCCGAGGAAGCAGCCCUCUCUGGGGUGGAGGACGAAGAGAGGGAACGCUCUGACCAGGACCUUCAGAUCCGUCGCACUGUCACACAGGUGGUGCACCCAGAGAGUCAGGAGAAUGGACAGAAAGAAGCGAAGAGGAGCAGGCAUGAGGAGCAGCAGGAGGAGGACGAUCUACAGGGAGACAGAGAUGGGGAAAGAACGAGGGUGCACGAAGAGAAAAUGGACACCUCAUUUCCUGCGACAGUGGAAACCCCAUCACCAUCACAAACCAGCCAUGAUGUCGAAAUCAACACUGUGACCCCCGGCGACACCCUCAUCCGUCGCUCCAUCAGCCAGCAGAAGACAGGCGUCUCUAUAACAAUCGACGACCCUGUUCGCGCGUCCCGUCAGCCUUCACCGCCUCGUGGCAACGUCUCCAACAUUGUUCACGUCUGCAACCUGGUGAGGCCUUUCACUCUGGGGCAGCUGAAGGAGCUGCUCAGCCGAACUGGCACUCUGGUGGAGGAGGGCUUCUGGAUUGACAAGAUCAAGUCUCACUGCUACGUCACUUACUCCAGCUCGGACGAGGCGGUUGCCACACGGGCAGCUCUUCAUGGAGUGAAAUGGCCUCAGAGUAACCCAAAAGUCCUCAGCGUCGACUUCUGCCAGCAAAAUGAGUUGGACUUCCACAAAGGCCUAGGCGCGGCUGACAGACCUGGAGCCGAGGAACAGGGGCCUGGCCCUGGUCGAGGUCGAACAUCGGGCCUGCCCUCUCUCCUCCCCGAGCGAGACCAGUGGGCUGAGCGUGAGCGCGAAAUGGAGCGCCGGGAGAAGGCCCGGGCAGAGCGGGAGUGGGAUCGGGACAAGGUCAAAGAGUUCGGGAAGCCCGGGGGAGAGAAGGAGGGAGGGCCCCGGAGGUCGCGCUCCAGAGAGCGAAAACGCAAGGAGAGGGGAAAGAGCAAGGAGAAGAAGAGUGAAAAGAAGGAGAAAGCAGCAGAGGAUCCACCUGCAAAGCUUCUUGAUGACCUGUUCCGCAAAACUAAAGCAGCUCCCUGCAUUUACUGGCUUCCACUUACAGAGGAGCAGUUUGCUCAGCGAGAAGCUGCAAGAGCCGAGCGGACGAAGGAGCGCGAGAAACGCAGGAAGGAGCAGGAGGAGGAGGAGGAGAAAAAAAGGGAAGAGGAGCGCAAGGAGAGGACGAAAGCUGGAGGCGGCACGGCAGGAGACCGGAGUGAGGGUGAGAAGGACAAGGACAGAGACAGAGAGAGGGACAGAGACCGGGAACGAGGUAGAGACAGGGACAGGGAGAGGGAGAGGGAAAAUGACAAACGCAGGGAUGGUUACCGUAGGCCGGGGGGCAGCGGGGCAGGCGGUGGCGGUGGCGGUGGUGGCGGCGGCGGUGGCGGCGGCGGCGGCGGUGGUGGUGGUGGAGGCAGCGGCGGCCGACGCUCGCGCAGUCGCAGCGACCCGCGAGAGAGGCGGCGCUAAUGGCCAAUGACCUGAUGGAACUGUCCUAGAGACCCCUCCCAACCCUCUCUUCCAUUUGCCUUUCACUACAUGUACUUUGUUACAACUAAGACCCAACAGAGGACCAACUGAUGUCGCACCACCUCUCAAAUUGUCACCUUUUUUAAAGCACAUCUACACCUACACAGUCACGCUUAAAGGGGACCAUGAUUUUUUGCAGUGUUGUUUCCCAGAGUGCUGUAUGUCUUGCUUUCGUCGAGGUUUGUUAUUUUUCCUUAUAUAUUUGCCUCUUUUUUUUUCUUUUUUUUCCCGUUUCGAUGGCACAGCAGUGUGGCACGCUGGGUGAUUCUGAUUAUUUCCCCUCAUGUCCCCCAGUUAACCCAAAGUGUAGGUGCCAAAUUUAAUUUGCAAAUCAAGUGCCGUCGCCUCUGCGUUUACCAUCUCUCUGCAACUGGGACGAGGAAUCCGUUUGUUGCUGCAUGUAGUUCAAGGCUCUCGUUGUCAGUCCUGCCUAAAGAGAAAACUCAGCGCCUUGUGCAGAGGCCCGCAAAAAUCUGCAAAUAUUGGAAUGAUAGGUGUGUUUGUCAUUUUGUACAGACAUGAGAUUAAUCCAAAUCGAGUCUUUAGCCGAGGCAGCUCCGGGCUGUUUCUGAUCAGGUGUAGAAUAACUACUAAGGCUCAGUGGGAGAGUCUGUCGCACCAGACACAAGUCAUGAUUAUUUCCUCCUCAUUGAUUCUCUUCUUCCUCCCGCCUCUCCCCCUCUUCCUCCAGUCCCUCUUACCCUGUGAUGUCCACACAGGCCCGAGAGUGGAGGUCGUAUUAUAAGUUUUCUCAACAAUGGUUUUAAUAUUGUUUUUUUUAAUCGUUAUUUCAUCAUUUAGUACAAAGGUUUUGUUUUCAUUUUUUCAUUUUCUUCUUUUGAGUACGCCUAUCAGUGGUGAAUGUACAAAUAAUAAAAAUUGAAGUUUGAA